CCACUGUCAGAAACUAAAAGGGGUUUCGUUGUUCUUUUUUAGAUCAAUUCUCAUUUAAUAUUCAAUACAAGUGUAUUUACUAGAGGUUAUUUUAUUCUGUUGCUUUUGUAUGACAUUUCUCUGUAUUUUGGUCAAGAUAGUCAGCAAGAGUAAGAAGAAUAACAACAUUCAUGAAGCCAAAUGACAGUAGGCAGAAUCCCUUCCUCCCUAGCCAGCAUUGAAGCUUUCGGAAAGCUAAUCUUUUUGUUUUUUUGUUUGCCUUUGUGUAUACCGUAUUCAACUUGAAGAAAUUAUUGCCGGUAUUUUAUUAUAUUUUACGAGUUGAGAGAGAAGUUUAAUUUGAAUUUAUCGGAUUUAAUAAUUAAACCUAGUCUAUUUUUUAAGCAUUUGUUGAAUAGCUUGUAGAGAUGACUAUUCACAAUCUGUAUAUAUUUGAUAAGUUUGGUUGCUUACUAUACUACGCAGAAUGGAAUCGCUUGAAAUCUUCUGGUAUAACAAGAGAAGAGGAAGCGAAACUGAUGUAUGGAAUGUUGUUUUCGCUCAAAUCAUUUGUAAGUAAGAUUUCUCCUCUAGACACAAAGAAAGGUUUCGUGUGCUACAAAACAAAUAAAUACGCACUGCAUUAUUUGGAGACACCCACUGGUUUGAAAUUCGUUCUGAACACGGACGUGAAUGCUCAAAACGUGAGAGAUUUGCUCCAUCAGAUCUACAGUAAGGUUUAUGUAGAAUAUGUUGUGAAGAAUCCAGUUGUGAACUUGGGCGACCCUAUUAAAAGCGAACUAUUCAAAAUGAAAUUGGACGGAGUGAUCAAACAGUUUCCUGCAGCUUCAAAAGCCUCAUAGAGAAAUAUUUUUUUAAAUAUAAGAUAUGAUAUAGAAAAACUUUAUUUGUGUAAUUUUAGUGUUUGUAAACUUGAUAGAUUAAUUGUGUAGUGUUGGACAUUGCAUGCAAUACAUGAUGGCGGAAGAAGCUGGGCGUUUGUUCGAGAAUUACUUCGACAGCGCGCAAAAAGUGGCCAGGAAAAACUUGGAAGAUGUUUUGCGCGCUGACUCGACGGGCGUGUAUCGAUUCAUUCUGAGUGGCGGCAACACGGUCGGCCAUAAUAGCGGCAUACCCAAUGUGCCAGGGGUGCACAACAGUGUGCUGCCCAAUGUGGUGGGCCACAAUAGUACGGGGCACAGCGGUGGGGGGCACAACAGUACGGGGCACAGCGGUGGGGGGCACAACAGUACGGGGCAUAGUACCGGCCAUAGUACUGGGGGUCACAACAGUACGGGGCAUAGCGCUGGCGGUCACAACAGUACGGCGCAUACCGCUGGGGGACACAACAGUACGGGACAUAGUACUGGCGGGCACAAUAGUACGGGACAUAAUACCGGCCAUAGUACUGGGGGUCACAACAGUACGGGGCAUAAUACGGGCCACAGUGGUGGCGUUCCAGGAGGCUCACAGCUGGUGGACGUGGGCACAAGCACCCCGCCAGGCAGCUCGCAGGGCGUGCCCACCACGGCAGCCGGCUCUCUGCCGGUGGUGUCUGCGUCGUCGUCUGCAGGCACCGUGAACCGUCGCGACGACGGCACCAGCCGCGUGAUAUACCGCGGCGCCAACCAGGAGGAGGUGGAGGUCGAGGUUGACGUGUGCACAGACGUCUACUCGCAGACGUCGGGUGGCUCCGGCGGCGGCGGCCAGCCCUCCUCUCUUGACGGCAAGGACCCCAAGCUGCAGAUCAAGCGCAAACCGGUCCGCCAUGGCGACUAUCGUUGCAAAGUCUGCUUCAAGUCUUUCUCACAGAUGGUGAAUCUGGUGACACAUGAGCGGAUCCACACGGGCGAGCGUCCGUUUCGCUGCGAAAUCUGUCUGAAGACGUUUACACAACAGCCGAACCUGUGGAAGCAUGUGCGAACGCACACGGGCGAACGGCCCUAUCGCUGCGAGACCUGCAUGAAGGGCUUCACGCAGCAGGCCAACCUCACCAAGCACAUUAGAGUGCACACUGGCGAGCGACCCUACUCGUGCCACAUUUGCGGCAAGGCCUUUUCACAGCAGCAAAACCUGCAGAAACAUGUGCGCUUUACGCACAACGGGGAACGGCCCCUGCAGUGCGACACUUGCCAUAAGGGCUUCUCGCAGCAGGUGAACCUGGACAUGCACGUGAUGGCCAUUCACAAGGGCGAGCGGCCUCACCAGUGCAAUGUCUGCAACAAAGCCUUCACGCAGCCCGUCAAUCUGCACAAGCACGAGCGGGUCCACACCGGCGAACAGCCCUAUAGCUGCGAGCUCUGCGGCAAACGAUUUGCUCAGCAGCAAAAUCUGCAGAACCAUGUGCGCUGCUUUCACAAUAAGGAGCGCCGCUUCCGGUGCGACACCUGCCAGAAAUGCUUCUCGCAGCAGGUCAAUCUGGACAAGCACAUUCGUGCCAUUCACAAAGGUGAACGCCCCUACCAUUGUAAGUUUUGCGAAAAGGCCUUUGCUCAGCCGAUCAACCUCGAGAACCACGAGCGUGUUCACACCGGAGAGCAACCCUUUGAAUGUCACGUGUGCGGGAAACGAUUCGCUCAAAAGCAAAACCUGCAGAACCACGUGCGCUGCACGCACUACAAGGAGCGGCGCUUCCGCUGCGAGACGUGUCAGAAGGCGUUCUCGCAACAGGUCAAUCUGGACAAGCACAUCCGCGCCAUCCACAAGGGCGAGCGCCCCUUCGCCUGCAAGUACUGCGACAAAACGUUUGCGCAAAACAUCAAUCUUGAAAAUCACGAGCGAACACAUACCGGCGAACAGCCUUUCGCCUGCACCACUUGUGGCAAACGGUUUGCCCAGAAGGCGAACCUUACAAAGCACGUGCGCCUGCACACUGGCGAGCGCCCGUUCCACUGCCGCUUCUGCACAAAGACAUUCGUACAGCAGUCGAACCUGGACAGGCACGAACGCACGCACACGGGCGUCAAGCCUUUCACCUGCAAACUGUGCUGGAAGUCAUUUGCACAGAGCGGCAACCUGGUGAAGCAUCAGGCGUCGCACCACGGCAUGUUGACGCCGGCCGCCACCAGUGUGGACGCAGCAGUCGGCGCCAGUGAAGCCUCCAAUGACAAGCCCAUCUCCAAGGCCGACUUUGACCAAAAGUCCCUCGCCGAGCAGCUCAUGAAUCUGGGAGCCGGUGUCGGCGUGAGCGGGAGCAGUGGAGGCGGAGACGGAGGCGGCCCUGGAGGCGGAACAACUGACUCGAAGCCCGUGACGCCUUUCAACCCCCCAUUCAGCCACCCCCCCAACUACCCACCCAGAGAUGAUGUCAAUACCGACGACAAGCAUCGAAUCACAGGUAUGCCCUUACCACAUAAUAAUAAAGGCCACGACAUGGGAUUCAUCGGCAAUCCGCGGCCGUACUGUGUGGGCAACCCACGCGGGCAACUGGGAGUGGGGAGUCUGAGGUCCAUCUGUCUGGAGAACUCGAGAAUGCCGUGUCCGAAAUCGUCGGGCUCCAAUGACAUUGGCAAUCAACAACAGCAGCAGCAACAACAACAACAACAACAGGGUGUCAACAGCAUGAACACAUCGAGAGCGGGAAGCAUGGCAGAUCAGCGUGCCGGCGACAUGGUCAACCUCAGGGGCACCAACAACAUGGAACCUCGCAAGGGCGACGAACUACGUCACCCCAGGGUGCCCACAUUGGAGAUACCAAGGCCCGACGCCAUGGGGCGCAUGGGCAGUCGGCCUGACUUGAUGGAAACCUCCAAAGCACUGGGCAUUGUCAAUUCGCGGCCGAUCAACAGUUCCAUUCCAAAUGAUAAAUAAUCUUUAAUAAGAAUUAUCUUCGAAUCGAUGAAGUGUAUAAACUGUCCUGAAUAUCCCGUCAAUGCAAAAGUGGAAUGAAACAAGUUGGUCAUUAACCUUAUACAAACUCCGAUGAACGGCAGCAUGGAAAUGCAGUCCUCUCUGUAACGGACUCCACUGGCAAUAAAAUACUCAAUAGUUUUAAUACCGAUUUUAGCCUGCAGAAAAUAGACAGUUGACCAGAUGAACGUGUUGAAAUUCGUAUCUUGAAACUUUUUACGGAAACAUCGUAGUUCAAAACCCGUUAUUACAAUGAAUUGUAGCAUUUCAUGCAAAUACAGGUGAAAUUUUUUCAUCUAUGUAAAAAGUACAAACUAAUAACUACGAGUAUGUUUAUCAUUGGUAUUACAUUGCUGUCUAAGCAAUACUGGAUAUUAUACUUGAUAAGUAUUAUUGAAUAGUAGUGCAUUUCAUUACUCAUCUAUAUUGUAUAGGAAAAAAUUACUUAGCUUUCCAAUUCGUCUUGGUCCUAUGAUAUUGUAGCUGAAAUUUGCCAUAGGUUAUCUAAAAUAUAACUUUCAAGUAUUUGUCAGACUGAUGUUUAUAUAUAAGAACAUGUGAAUGGUCUCCUGUUUUAAUUCAAUGUGCGAAUGUGUAAUAAAAGAUAGAUAUUAUCUUGACAUUUA